UUAGAGGUGACAAAAAGGAGCACUAGAACUUGUGUGGGGCCUCAGUCUUACCUUACAGAGGCCAGGGGAAUGGUCAUUCCAAGUUUUUACACCUAUUAUUGCCUCUAUUGUAUUUGGUAGAUGAGUUAGAAAAAGUAUUAUGGCCCGCCAAUGCGAUGUUCGGUUUUUUCCGUCAAUUUACAGUUCGGAACCCGAACCUUCGGAUUUUAUUUUGGGCACACAAACGUAAGUUUAGACAAAGUUCCAUAAGGUGUUCUUUAAGUAAGUAAAAAGCAAAAAGAUAAACGCCCAUGAAUCGUUAACAAAGCAGAAAAUGGAGAAAAUCUCGUCAGCAAUUGCAGUUUGUUGAAAAGUCAAGUUGUUAAAUACGCUUUUGUUAUUAAAAAUGGAAUUGAAACGGUUUUUUGACAAUCUCAAAAAAAAAUUUGUUUAAAAAAAAAUAAUUUAAUACUAAUGCAAUACAUACUUUAAAUAAGCUCUGCUUUGUACAGGUUUAUACGAAAACUUUUUAAACUUGAAUUUUUAUUUUACAGAGCUAACCCUUACGAGGAAACUAGGCUUCGACUUGUCACACGAUACCCCCCAGAAACAUCCAUUCAUGUCCUUCCAAUACAGAGAGAUGAGCCGGUCGUAAUCACAGGGUCUCUGGCAAUUUCGUAACGCCGCAUUGGCUUUUCAACAAAUAGGAUUAUAUAAGUUGGCAUAUAAAGCUGAUGAUGAAAUUGAAAAAUAAAUAUAGCUAAUCAACUAGCACAUUUUAUGGGUCUUGAAUAACUUUAUAUACACAGGCAGCCAGGUACAUAAAGGCUAAUAAGUCAUUGAGUUAAAAACAAAAAGAACAACAACAUCUCCUUGAACUUUAAUACGUAGAGACACGAGAGACCUCUGGAAUGACCCAUUAUAUCCCAGUGCGACGCCAGGAGGCGAACUAUCGCUUUAAUUAUACACAGCACAACCAGACGGGCGUGCUCCAAUGUCGUGAAACUAGGCAGUCCGCAGUGGCCACUAGAGAUUUCGGGUACUUAAAAAAAAUAUACAUAUUUAUAGAUAUUCACUGGUGGCUUCUAAAACAAAAUUGAUAUUUUAUUAUGUUAAAUUGUGUCCAUGUUAAUGAAUCAUUUGCUUUUAAGGAAACCGUGUUUCGUGCACGUGUUUGACAAAGACACAGAUCUAUAGUGAAUGUCUUGGUUUUAAUGAUUAGGGGUUUCAUUUAUCAAGAGUUGUAACUAUUUAGUGUAUCAUUUAUUCGCGCUGUAACUCUGAUGUACAACGGCUCAAUAAUAUAUUGUAGCCUGAAGAGAGAGAGAGAGAGAGAGAGAGAGAGAGAGAGAGAGAGAGAGAGAGAGAGAGAGAAAGAGAGAGAAAGCAUCCAUGAAUUGUGUUCCCCUGUCCCCCUCAAAUCUGCCAACCCUAACACUAAUGAUUCCAAGCGCUGAAUAAGUACUGCAAAUUAAAACUAAUAGCUGCUUUGGUAAAAAUUCAGUUUUUGUUUAAAUUAUUUUUUUAAUCUGGAAAAAUGUACAGAAGUAUAAAAAAGAUCCUCUUUUUAAUUAUAUUUGAUUGCUUGAUUUCAAUUCCCAUAAAGACCAUGACACUAACUGACGCAUAACUUCUUGUUUGUUUACAUUAACCCCUCCAUGGGCGGAGCCAACGAAUUCGAAGACUGAAUGACGUCAUCUAAAAUAAAUAACUUAAAACACAUUUUGCGUGUGGGAUGUUUUUUAAAGUAUUUUUGCUGAAGCAACGCACUUACGUCCUUCUCAGCAUGCACUUACGUCCUUCUCAGUAUGCACUUACGUCCUUCUCAGCAUGCACUUACGUCCUUCUCAGCAUGCACUUACGUCCUUCUCAGCAUGCACUUACGUCCUUCUCAGCAUGCACUUACGUCCUUCUCAGCAUGCACUUACGUCCUUCUCAGCAUGCACUUACGUCCUUCUCAGCAUGCACUUACGUCCUUCUCAGCAUGCACUUACGUCCUUCUCAGCAUGCACUUACGUCCUUCUCAGCAUGCACUUACGUCCUUCUCAGCAUGCACUUACGUCCUUCUCAGCAUGCACUUCUCUCUUCAUCCUGCUCUACCCUCCUCAGCAUGCACUUCUGUCCUUCUCAGCAUGCACUUCUGUCCUUCUCAGCAUGCACUUCUGUCCUUCUCAGCAUGCACUUCUGUCCUUCUCAGCAUGCACUUCUGUCCUCAGCAUGCACUUCUGUCCUUCUCAGCAUGCACUUCUGUCCUUCUCAGCAUGCACUCCUGUCCUCAGCAUGCACUUCACUCCUUAGUAUGCACUUCUAGCCUCAGCAUGCACUUCUGUCCUCAGUAUGCACUUCUGUCCUUCUCAGCAUGCACUUCUGUCCUUCUCAGCAUGCACUUCUGUCCUCAGCAUGCACUUCUGUCCUUCUCAGCAUGCACUUCUGUCCUUCUCAGCAUGCACUUCUGUCCUCAGCAUGCACUUCACUCCUUAGUAUGCACUUCUGGCCUCAGCAUGCACUUCUGUCCUCAGCAUGCACUUCUGUCCUCAGCAUGCACUUCUGGCCUCAGCAUGCACUUCUGUCCUCAGCAUGCACUUCUGGCCUCAGCAUGCACUUCUGUCCUCAGCAUGCACUUCACUCCUCAGUAUGCACUUCUGGCCUCAGCAUCCACUUCUGUCCUCAGCGUGCACUUCUGUCUUACUUAGUUUGACCUCUAUCUAAAUCCACUGUGAUUAUUAUACUGUUCAAGGCUGUUUGUGCAAUUGAUGGUACUCAAAAGUCUCUUGAAAAAUAUUGGAAGACUGAAUUGUGAUGAAAAAAAGAAUCGGACAAUUACCAGUAUUAACAUAAAAACGUUUGGAUAGCAUACAAGCAUUUUAGACUUUUUUGAAUCAGCGGAUACAUUUUGGGGAAAUAUAAUUCCCAUAACAGCAGUCUUCAAAUUCGUAAAAAAAUGUUUUGAAAAAUAAGCCUGUGUCGUCACUAAUUAAAGUGAUUACAAUCACUGAUUAUUACAAUCUUGUCGUUAGCAUAAUAAUCCGGAAUAGGAGUUCUAUCCCUUGGGGAGUCCCAUUUUCUAAUACCCUCAUAUAUUUCAACAAUGUUCAGAGACUAGACUGAAAUGGGCCUUCCUUGUUUAUUGGUGUAAGUAACUAAUACAAAAUAAGGCAUAAAAUAAGAAAGACCUAUGCGACCCUCUCAUGGGCUGAUGGCGUCUUAAGAUUUAUUUGUUUCCUGCAGACACAUGCGGCCACUUGGAGACUGCACCAUGUUUGAGCAGCCGUACUUCUCCCCCAACUACAUCCAGAUGCCCACCAACUACAUGAGGAGACCACAUCAUUGGGUUGACCGACGGAUCACUUUGGAUGAUCUAAGUAAGUAGCGAUAACAAAAUGACCUCAAGCUGUAUAUAAUGACAGAGCCCUAAGCUGUAGUAAAGACAGAGCCCUAGGCUUUAAGUAAUGUCAGAGCCCUAGGCUGUAAGUAAUGACAGAGACCUAGGCUGUAAGUAAUGACAUAGACUAGGCUGUAAGUAUUGACAUAAACUUAGGCUGUAAGUAAUGAUAAAGACCUAGGCUGUAAGUAAUGACAGAGCCCUAAGAAAUAAGUAAUGACAGAGACCUAGGCUGUAAGUAAAUAAAAAGACCUAGGUUUUAAGUAAUGACAGAGACCUAGGCUGUAUGUAAUGACAGAGACCUAGGCUGUAAGUAAUGUCAUAGACCUAGGCUGUAAGUAAUGACAAAGCCCCAGGCUCUCAGUAAUGACAAAGCCUCAGUUUGUAAGUAAUGUUAGGACCAUACGUUUUAAGUAAUGACAGAAUCCCAAGGCUAUAAGAAAUUAGACAAUAAAGCCACUGGGAUGAUCUUAAUAUGUUUAGAUUGAAAUGAGAGUACCACGGGAUUUAUACGAGUGACUGACCAACCUUGUAUAGUAAGAUUACCAUGGAAUCUUUAAUAUGCCUCGAUCGAAAACAAUCCCAGAGACCACCAGAUGACAAAAUGAUUUCGUACAUCCACACAUUCACACAUCCAGUCAUUCACACAUCCACACAUUCACACGUCAACACAUUUAAACGUCCACACAUUCACAUAUUCAAUGGUUCACACAUUCACACAUCCACACAUCAAACCAUCAACACAUCCACACAUCAACACAUCAACACAUUCACACCUCCACACAUCAACACAUCCACACAUUCACACUUCCACACAUUCACACUUCCACACAUCAACAUGUCCACACAUCAACAUGCCCACACAUUUAAAUGUCCACACAUUCACAAGUCCACACAUUAGCACAUUCUAACAUUUACACGUCAAAUCCUCAAAGUUUUCACACAUUCAAACGUCCACACAUCAACACAUUCACACAUUCACACGUCCCCACAUCAACACAUUCAUUCAUUUAAACGUCCACACACCAACACGUCCACAAUUUCAAACGUCCACACAUUCACAAAUUCAAACAUCCAUACAUAACAUUUCCACACAUUCACACAUUAACAAAUGUGCAAGUAUGUACAUCAAUACUUCCACAUAUUAAAACAUCCACACAACAACACGCCCACACAUUCAAACGUCCACACAUUUAUAAAACCACACAUUCAAAUAUAAAUACAUAACAUUUCCACACAUUCACACAUUAAGAAAUUAACAAGUACGUACAUCAUCAUGUCCACACAGUCACACGUCCACAGAUUCACACCUCCAAACAUUAACACAUACACACAUUCAUACGUCCACACAUCAACACGUCCACACAUACACUCAUUAACACGUCCACACAUCCACAGAUUUACACAUCCACAAAUUUACACAUCUACACAAUCACACAUCCAAACAUUCACACAUCCACACAUCAACGCGUCUUCACAUUUAAACAUCCACACAUUCACACGUGUCACACAUCAACACGUCCACACAUUCACACGUCCACACAUUCACACGUCCAAACAUUCACACAUCAACACGUCCACACAUUAACAAUUCCACACAUCAACACGUCGACACAUAAACACGUCCACACAUGAACAUGUCCACACAUUAACACGUCCACACAUUCACACGUCCACACAUUCACACGUCCAAACAUCAACAAGUCCACACAUUCACACGUCCAAACAUGAAAACGUCCAUACAUCAACAUAUCCACACAUUCACACGUCCACACAUUCACACGUCUACACGUUCAAAUUUUCACAUAUCAACACAACUACACGUCCAAUUAUUGAGUAUGCAGUAAAAAAACGCCGUAUGUUAAGAUCCAUUAUUCAACAGUGUCCGUAUGUAGCUGAGGACCAAAUGUGUGGGCAUUACUACAGCUUCACAAUUAUACACUGCGACAUUCAAUUCCCCAGUUAAUGAGGACAUUAGUUUUAGCAAUCACCACAAUGACACAGUACAACAUUCAGCUCCCCAGUUCAUGCAAUCACCUCAAGAACACAGUAGAACAUUCAACUCCCCCAGUUCAUGUGGACCUUAGUUUUAGCAAUCAUCGAUUAUUUAAGGCACUAUCAAAAUACAGGUCAUUACGUUGUUAUACAGAUGAGACUUUUUGUCCUCCCAGGUCGAUGGGCCAACGAAUCCGUACGUCACGAGAGGGCGUUUGGUGGCUGGCACAACGUAUUUGGGACACGGUAUUUCUACGGUGAAGAUCGACGCCUGUGACUCUGUCAGGAGUUGGUGCUUCCUUUAGGACUUGGAGUGGAGCAGUAGGAGAGACGUGGCCAUUAUACCUUUCUGCUUAUACCGUUACAAAAUAUUUGGCGACCAUACAUCGAGGAAGGCAAUCUCAUCUUUGUUAAAACGCGUGGCGGCAUUGUGUCUACUUUACCAUCGGUUUUGACAUUUUUAUUUCGAUCAGCGCCACUAAGUCGGUGUUGAAGAAAUGCAUUUAUAAGAAUCCACAAACUCAGGUCAGGCCUUUCUAUUGGUGGUCAAAGGAGAACAGUGUCAGGCCCUUCUAUUGGUGGUCAAAGCAGUGCAGUUCUACUUAGGUCAGGCCUUUCUGUUGGUGGUCAAAGCAGUGCAGUUCUACUUAGGUCAAGCCUUUCUUUUGGUGGUCAAAGCAGUGCAGUUCUACUUAGGUCAGGCCUUUCUAUUGGUGGUAAAAGCAGUGCAGUUCUACUUAGGUCAGGCCUUUCUAUUGGUGAUAAAAGCAGUGCAGUUCUACUUAGGUCAGGCCUUUCUAUUGGUGGUAAAAGCAGUGCAGUUCUACUUAGGUCAGGCCUUUCUAUUGGUGGUCAAAGCAGUGCAGUUCUACUUAGGUCAGGCCUUUCUAUUGGUGGUAAAAGCAGUGCAGUUCUACUUAGGUCAGGCCUUUCUAUUGGUGGUAAAAGCAGUGCAGUUCUACUUAGGUCAGGCCUUUCUAUUGGUGGUCAAAGCAGUGCAGUUCUACUUAGGUCAGGCCUUUCUAUUGGUGGUAAAAGCAGUGCAGUUCUACUUAGGUCAGGCCUUUCUAUUGGUGGUAAAAGCAGUGCAGUUCUACUUAGGUCAGGCCUUUCUAUUGGUGGUCAAAGCUGUGCAGUUCUACUUAGGUCAGGCCUUUCUAUUGGUGGUCAAAGCAGUGCAGUUCUACUUAGGUCAGACCUUUCUAUUGGUGGUAAAAGCAGUGCAGUUCUACUUAGGUCAGGCCUUUCUGUUGGUGGUCAAAGCAGUGCAGUUCUACUUAGGUCAGGCCUUUCUGUUAAUGGCCAAAGCAGUGCAGUUCUACUUAGGUCAGGCCUUUGAGUUUAAAGAACUAUAUCUAUUUUGUCACGAACUUUUUCCCCAGAAAAAGCAUGACACAUCGCCUCAAAGACCUGAUGAGGAUGCCCCUGUCUACUUGCCGUGUCCUGUGAUAGUUCAAGAAAUACAAAUCAAAUUUGCUGAGUAGUCAACAAGAUUUUUUGAGAAGAAAU